AUGACUGUAGAGUAUGCUAAGGAUCAGCCUGAGGGCUUCACCAACCGCAUUGAGAAGGUUGCUAUCGUGGGGGCUGGCGGUCAGAUAGGGAGUGUCCUGACCGAGCACUUGCUCAAGAAUGGGAAGCAUACCUUAACAGCCAUAACGCGACCUAACAGCACCAAAAAGCUUCCCGAAGGCCUCCGAGUUGCUCGUGUCGACUAUAGUGGCGAUGACGACACCGAACUUGUAGAAGCGCUUUGUGGGCAGCAGGUCUUGAUCAUUUCUAUGUCGGUCCAUGCUCCAAGGGAUAGUGUUAGCAAGCUUGUACGCGCAGCCGCCAAGGCCGGUGUACCGUACAUCCUACCCAACUGGUUCGGACACGACGCUGCCAACGACACGCUAUGCGAAGAUAGCAUGCUAAAGGCCUCGCGGGACAGUAUUACCUCUGAGAUCAAAAGCCUUGGCGUCAGCUCAUACAUCCUUCUCGUGUGCAACUUCUGGUACGAGUUCAGCCUAGGCGGCGGACCCGACCGCUUCGGAUUUGAUUUUAACAAGCGCACGCUUGUCGAGUUCGGGGACGGCACGGUGCCCAUCCGCACGAGCACAUGGCCGCAGUGCGGGCGGGCCGUCGCCGCGCUUCUCAGUUUCAAGGAGCUCCCGGAUGACGAGGCGGAUACGUCGCCUACGCUAUCGCGGUUCCGCAACGGCUGUGUGUAUGUCUCAAGUUUCCGCCUCGCCCAGCGCGAUAUGUUCGAGAGCGUGAAGCGCGUCACCCGCACUGCUGAUGCUGAUUGGACUGUUACCCGUGAAUCUGCCGAGGAGCGCUGGGGGCAGGGCAGGGCAGCUCUGCAGGAGGGGAACUGGAAGCUCUUUACUAAGAUGCUGUAUAGCCGUAUGUUCUUCCAAAACGGUGACGGUGAAUACAAAGGGGAGCUCCAUAAUGACUUGCUUGGUUUGCCUGUCGAGGACUUAGAUGAGGCUACGGCCGUGGGCGUCCGGAUGGGGAAAAGUGGCGAGGUGCCGUUUUCGCAUUAA